CGUCCUUGGCCUGUUUUUUAAAACCGGAGUGGUGAGUCACUCCUCUCUCGGUUUAGAAAAACAAAUCCGGCCAGGCUGGGGCCCGGCGGGGGGAUGGGAGGCCCGCGGUGGAUGAACACCGGAGGUGGACGCAGCUGGACUCCCACUCAGGGACCCGGCAUCCUGACAACAGCCCGGCUCGUUCCCAUGGUGACCGGGGCGGAUCUGCAGGAAGGGGAUAACACCGACAGGAUUAGCGUACGCUUGUUAAGCGUGACUGCAGUCAGGUGAUGUUUCUCAAAGUCAUUUGCCUUUUUGACUGUAAAAGACAGACUGCCAACCAUUUUGACAAAAGUUAUAGACACAAUCCAUCGCAACAAAAACAAGUUCUUAGAAGAAUAUGGGGAGAACGGGAUUGAUGCAGAAAAGCAGACGAUCUCUCUCCUUUCUAAGAUGAGAAACGAGCUACAAACAGAUAAACCAAUUCUGUUGCUGACAGACAACUUGCAAGACACAGAGUCCUGGAACGAGUACAUGCGGAGACAGCAGAGACUGCUGGGGGAUCAGGAGUCUGUCAGCUGGUUCAAGUGUCCGUGGCUGUAUGUAGAGUGCUACAUGUACCGCAGGAUCCAAGAGGCCCUCAUACUCAAUCCUCCCAUCAGCAGCUUUGAUGUCUUUAAAGAGGUUAAGACUCAAAGCUUUUUUGACUCCCAGAAGGCUGCGAUGACCUUAUGCACGUAUUUGGCCGACAUCUAUAAGAACAUGGAGAAGCUCUCGAAAGACCAGCUCGGCGAGUAUUUUAACAAGCUACUACAGGUUUCUUUAUGGGGGAACAAGUGUGAUCUUUCCAUCUCUGCUGGUCAAGAGAACUCCCAGAAGACAAGUCCAAUAGAUUCCCUCAACAGCCUCCAAGCUUUUGUCUUGGUAGAUGACUCCAACAGGGUUUGGUCAGCUCUUAGCUCUCCCCAGAGGCAGGCGGGAUCAGUAAAACCUGCUGGAGCCAGAGUGGACAUCGUGCUCGACAACGCUGGCUUCGAGUUGGUCACUGACUUGAUUUUAGCUGAUUUCCUGGUUUCCUCUGGCCUUGCACGCCAAGUUCACCUGCACGGCAAAUGCUUUCCGUGGUUUGUCUCUGACGUCACAGCUAAUGAUUUCCAGUGGACCAUCCGCCAGGCCAUGGCAGCCAACCACAGGUGGAUGUCCAAGAGCGGUGCUCAGUGGCAGAAAUACGUGAAGGAGGGUGUUUGGUGUUAUCAUGACCACCCCUUCUGGACUCAGCCUCAUGAGUUCUGUGACAUGGCGGCUGAUGCUCCUGACCUGUAUGCUGCUCUGCAGGAGGCGGACCUGGUGCUUUUUAAAGGUGAUCUCAACUACAGGAAGCUGACUGGAGACAGGGACUGGGAUCACACGGUGGAUUUCAGCACAGCCCUAAGAGGGUUUGAGCCCGCGCCGCUGUGCAGCCUGAGAACCCUCAAGGCCGACGUUCAGGUGGGCCUGCAGCCGGGCCAAGGCCAGAAACUCGCCACUCAAGAUCCAAACUGGAUGACCAGCGGCAAGCACGCUGUCAUUCAGUUCCACAGCCCUAAAGCAGAAUAACUGAAACAACCACAGGAGAACAGCUGAGAGAUUCUUCCAUCGGACGUAGGGGUUGCCAAGAUGCCAUCAAAAUAAAACUGAGUUGUAAAGGGUUAUUUUUCUGCAAGCACUUCACCAAGUUUCAUAUUAAAAUGCACUGGAACAACAUACCUUUUUACUGCAUGCAUUCAUGCCAUCUUUCAAACUAUCAAGUUCAUUUAGAAUUUAUUUUUUAAGAUUUUUAACUCAAGUUUAUGGAUGAAAAAAGGAAUUUUCAUCGCUAACAUGGCUCAGGUUGCAUUGCAGAUAUUUUGUUAAAUUCCCUGGUUGAAGUCAUGAUGUUUACAGAUUCCUGAGAUGAAACAAAACCUCUUUAUCCCAGAUCAGCAGCACUCAUUAAGAAGAACGUUGGUUGUGAUUUAAAUGUCUUCUGUGAUACGUUUGCUCUCAGUGCCAGUGAUAGGAAUGCAUCAAAACGAGAAAACCUCGGCUUAAAUCAAGCGAACUAGCGCUGCAUUAUGACCAGUUCCUCUGUUUACGGGAUGGUAAAGUGUUAUGGGGGGCAGUGCAACAAUAACGGCGACAACAUUCGUCCUGUUUGGUGUGAAAGUGGAACCAGACCUCUUUUACUUCAUAGAUAAAACUGGAAGCUUAUGUGCACACAGUUCUGUCAACUCAAUGAAACCUGUCCUUUUUAAAUUGGUGGUGAUUACUGGGUUUUUGGGUGCAUGGAGCAAAUUGUGUUGUUUGCAAAACUAAAUAAAUAACUGCAGUGAAUGGACCUUA